UAAAAAAACUUACAAUGACGCAAGAUUCGGAUUCUGAAUAUGAGAUUGAGAGAAUCAUCGACCAUGUCAGUUUUCUGGAAGCAUACGAAUCAUUCUAUGGACAAAACGUCAAACGCUUCGCUGCAAUAUUUAGUGAAGAGAGAUUCAAAAGAACAAAAAAGCCGCAGCUCAUCAGUAACUACUUUUUUCUAGUCAAAUGGCUCGGUUAUGGUAACAAAGAAAUGACAUGGGAACCGGAAUCGAACAUUCCGGAUAGUGUUUACCUCUAUGAAUAUAAGAAACUCAAUAAUAUGGUCAUGAACCGAAUGAAUCUGAAAGUAUCACUCACCUUUACAUCGAGAAGAAAAGGAUACACACCUCCCGUAAUCUUGGAAGAGCUUCAAGAACGAAAACCGAAACCUCAAUUCCUAAAUAUGUCAAAUAUGGCAAUCACUCUCAAUGACAAUCUGAAUAACGGAAAAUUCGGAAUCGUUCCAGUUCCAAAGUACAAGAAGAAAUUUGGUCAAAACGUCAAUUAUCUCAAAUUUGGAAAUGAAGUGUACAAAAUGAAAAAUGUCAGCUUUAAAGAUUCCACUAACAAUGACAUAGACAACCGUGUCCAGCAACAUCAUCAUGAAGAUAGAUCAUUUUUGCAGAGCAUGAUCAAACAUAACAAUAUUGUCAGAAUGAGAGACUUAUUUGUCAGUUACAAUAAAUUGGAUGAAACUGUCAACAUCACUUCAAUUUACGACUGGUGUCAUCAGAAUCUACGGCAGCAAUUAAAUAAUGAGAAAGUAUCUUGGAAGAAAGUGUGCCGUGAUAUUUUGAACGCAUUGUCAUUCAUUCAUCCUUACGGAAUUCAUCAAGGAGUGUCUUUGGAUCACAUCUAUUAUCAUAAAGGUGGUACCUACAAGCUUUCUCAUUUCAAUAACUUCUUCUUCGGCAAACGGAUUCCAGCUGAAAAAGUCAAAAGCGAUCGAGUUGAGCUUGCUCCAAGAUUGUACAAUCUUAAAUUUAAACUCGGCAGGAACAGCGAUAUUUACGCUCUCGCAAUCGUUCUUCUACAGUGUCACAACAAAAAGUUCUCGUUCCGUGUGAAUCCUUCAUCUGUUAUGGAAAUCGAAGAAGACAUUGCGAAAGGAAUGAGUGCUUUCGAAAAUAAAGAUGAUCGUCAUUUUUUGAAAUCGCUAUUGAGAGCUAGACUUCACGUUUAUCAUGGAUCAGGACACUACAGAUUCACUUCAUCGUCACUUUUACAUCAUCCUGUCCUCCAAGAGCCUACAGCUCGAUCUGUAGAGUGUUUUUAUUUCCAUUCGAUGCUCGCAAGUCCAAUGAAGGAGAUAAUCCACUACCAUGCGAACGACAAAAUUUCGGAUGUUCUUCAGAGAUUUAUUUCUUUGUAUCACACGUCACAAGAAGCUGAAGAUAAAAAAUAUAUUAUGAUGUUCACCAAAGACACUUCCUCCUGUGAUAGUGUCGUUUUGUUGAAUAGUCUCGAGAACUUCGAGCGUGUUGUGGAUAUUGAUCUGACGAUAAUGAAGAACACUUUAUUAAUUGCCCCCAUCAUCCUGCCGUCACCGGAAAAUGAAAAUUGCCAGAAGUUCUUGAUAAUCUACGAGCAAGAGCUUGGCGGAUGCCCUAUAGUCAUUGAGACACCGGAAGUGAAUGCAGCCAAGUUUGCUAAACAACUCAAGGAGUAUUCUGUCAGUCAUGAAUACCGAAACCGUCGCCUCGGUUUGUUCCCGAAACUUCCAGGAGGAGAUCAACAAGAAAAUGGUGGAUUGCCAGAGUUUUCUCAUCAUGUGUGGCAAAUGCAGCUUGAGUCGAAUGAUGACACAGUUAUCAAGAAUCGUUUCGAUAUUGCGAGUGAAAUUGAAAUGCCUUUGAGUGGUGAAAUGCUGGAGUGGGAUGAUGUUGCAGGCAUAGCCAAUUAUGGGGAGAUUCUGCGUAACAACUCGGAUAAUACUACCAGCAGGCGAAAACGCGAGACGUGCUCUUCUGACGAACUCGACGAAGCUCAUGCGAAACGAGAGAAAGUGGAUUAAAUAUUUAGAUCUUGUAUUUUGUUCUGUGUUGUCUUUAUUUCCAAGUAGCACUGUAGUCUGUUAAAUUUAGAUGGUUUCGUCACUGUUUUUUAUAUAUUUUUUUCUUUUUCUUUUUUGUUCUAUUGUUAUAAAAAUGUUUUUAAAA